AAAAAUUUACAAUGUAAGCAAGUAUGUUUUAAUUACAGAAUGCAGCAAGUACUAAUGAGGAACAGAAAUUGGAUAAUAAGAAAAAUGACAAGGAAGCUGACAAAGAGAAAUCACAAGAAAAGACCAAUACUUGGUCAAUCUCAUCAAUAUUUGGCUGGAAAAAAUCCAAACAAGCAAUACUACCAGAUGAUAAAAAUCCAUCGAUUGUAUGGGAUGAAGCCAAGAAGAAAUGGGUAAAUCAGGAUGGAGAGGAGGAAGUAGCAGCACCACCCCCUCCUCCACCAAAGAGUCCUUUAAGUGGCAGUAGUGGACCAACUGUUAUGAAAAUGAGAGGAUUGAAAAAAUCACGAUAUGUCAAUACAGAGAAGGAUGCCCUGCAGGCUAACUCAGGUGGCAUAAAUCCAAACCUCAUGAUGCCUCAAGUAGCCCCUCCUCCUCCGGGUUCAGUAUUAGCUCCUCAGUUCAUGGUUCCAGAGCCUAAGGACAACUACGAUGACAUACAUCCUCAGACAGCAACAACUCAUCAGCAAGAACCUCAGCAACCUGUUCCACAACAGCAGAAGCCACCGGUUGCUCUGCCUCCAGAAGUAUCUCAAAUGAGGAGGUCCCGGUAUAUUUCUGAAAGCUCCAUAGAGCUUGAAGAUGACUGGCCACCCACCAAUACUGAGGGGAUGUUGAGUGACGGAGCUGAUAGUACUGGAACUGUACCUAUGAUGGCCCCACCUAGCAUGCAACCUCAGUUCUUUGACCCUGCCCAAUUUACACCCGCAACAUCAAACUCUUCACAUCCAGCAAGGAGGCCUGGCCCUGGGAGACGAGGAUACCCAGUAAAACGAUGAGAGAAGUCUACAGUAGGUCAGCUUUUGUGAUCGAGACAGGGUUGAAAUUUAGUUUUCUUUUCUGUGAUCUAUAGACUUUUUAUAUUACUUUUCAAGCUUGCAAAAGCUUUGAAUAUAUUUAUUAGAUACCAAAUUUGUAAGUAAAAAAUAAAAAAGAAAAAAGUUACGAAACUUCAUGGUACUAUACAUAUGAAAUUUUGCGAUUUAUGAAGAAAAUUGUUAUGGAAGAAUAUUAAGAGGCAGAGGUAUGACAUUUUAUAUGAAGCUUUGUUCCUCUUUUUAAGUUUUCAUGAUAAAUAGUACUGAUAACUAAUUGUAUUACAUUUUAAGAAUGGUGGGUUAUUGUCAUUAUUUUGUAAAUGGUGGAAAUGAACAUUUAAGUAUAUUGAAAUAAUAACCAGGACAAAAAGCUUUGCAGAUUGUUAUGUAAAGUGUUCAUUAUCCAUUUCCUUAUUUAGACACUAGAGAGGUUUUAGCCUUUAUACUUGUGUAUGGUAUUUGGAUUGAAUGGUUGAACAGAAUAGGUUAAUUGUGCAAUUAAUAUAUAUUUAACACCAAGGAGUUACGGAUUUGAUAAAUAUAUUUAUUUUUUUCAUUUAAUAUACAUCUUACUGACAAUCCUAGCUUUCAGUCAUGUAGGAGGCAAAUAUACUUUUGAUCUGUGCUAAGGUUGAAUAUUUUAUUUGUAAGGUAUAGGAUGCUUUAUAUUAUUAAAGAUUUUUCAGAUCCUUGGUUACCUGAUGGCUUGGUGCUAACAGAGUACAGUUGAUGUAAAUUUUGUGAUUAGGGGAUUGUUUGCUGAUAAAUAUUGGUCUGACAUCUAUAGUGCCAAGAAUUGUUUUUCCAUUGAUACUUCCUUAUCUGUCACAAAGAAGGCCGGGCCAUUAUAUGCUUAAACUGCAGCUGAAAUGCCUCUCUAUUAAGAUCCUUUCAAGUUAUGACUGGAAGAAACAGGAGAGAGAAAUUCAUGUUAACUUACAUCUUAGCUACUUUUUUAUGAAGUAUGCGGUUCACCUGGAAUCUAGGCCAGAAGAUCUUGAAAAUUCAGGUUAGUUCAGAUUUUCAUAUUGCAGUUAGAUUUAAUUAUUAGGAAUUAUAGAUAAAUAAAUAAAUAAAUAAUAAACAAAUCACACAUAAAAGAAAUUCUACAAACCAUAACUUUUAAACCCUUUUUUUCCUUUCUUUCUUUUUUAGGAAAAUAUUAUGGCAUAACAUUUUUUGCAGCGUAUUACACUUGUUUUAGAAAUAUUUUAUUUUAUAUUUUUCAGAUUAAAGAUAUCCUUUUUGAUAAAUGAGAUGUACCGUAUAUAAACCAAUAUUUGCACUGUUGUAGGUUGUAUCCCUAAGUUCUUACAGUUCCAGUGGCUUACAGUAGUACCCCCUCAUGGGUGCUUUUACUUUGUUUGGUUAGAGUAUUGGAAGAGGAAAUAGAUAAAGUUAUAUUGGAAUUUAUAUAUCUUUUUAAUCCCUUUUUUAACUCUUAUAUUGGAGUUUCAUAAUUAUAUCUAAUUUGAUGGUACAUUAGAAAUAUUGUGUUGGUCAUAUAUAGUAUUUUGAAUAUAUUGAUAUUGUAAAAUGUAUAGAAUGCUGAAUUAUGAAUGCAAAUUUCUUUACUCCAUCAUGAUGCUGAGAAAUACAAUAAACAUGGCAUCAGCUGAAAAAUACCAGCCAUUAUACUUUGAUCAGAUAUGAUAAAAGUAUAUAUGUAUUUGCUGAUGUUUAGUAAAUUGGAGUGUGUGAGAAAAUUCCUUUGGGACUUUUGCACCGGAACAUGAAAGGUAAGAGUCCCAAAAUAUAUAAUAGAGUAGUAGCUUCUUUGUUAUAUUUUUUGUUAUUGUAUUAAUUCCCGUAAUUUUGUUCUGAAACCUUCAAAAAAAAAAAACACUGGUAUGGGGAUAUUAAAGUGUUUUAUGUACAUAUUGGUAUAUUAAAUAAAGUAUAUGUGGUCUCCUUAAAA